GUGCGUCGAAUAACAUCUUCGUUUCAAAAACACACAUUUCAUUUGGUUUUCCGAUAGGGAUCCGAUGACAUAAUUCAGCGUUUAUACAUACAUAUUUCAUAUUUGUGUACAAAGUUCUAUAUUUUGUACAUAUAUAGCGAACGAUGCGUCAUUGCUCAGAAUUUAUUUGUUUGCUUAAUUUUGUGCGAGGCAAAACACAACACUUUUAAAUAUUAAAAAAUAACAAACAUUUCUCUUAAUUUCAAUUUCACCUCCUAUUUUUAUACAAAAAAAAACACAAUAUUUUCUAUUGGAAUACAAUGGGUCUGUUCGGAAAAUCACAUCAACGCGAUCCCAAAGAACAAGUUAAUGAAUGGUGUCAUAAAAUUCGUAAAGAAGGAAAUCAAUUGGAUCGUCAAGUGCGUGCAAUAAAAAAUGAAGAGGAUAAAGUGAAGCGAACAUUAAAGCAGGCGGCUGCUAAAGGUGACAAAGACACUUGUACCAUUUUGGCAAGAGAAAUUGUUCGAUCGCGCAAAGCAACGAAUCGAAUUUAUACGACAAAAGCCCAUUUAAAUUCGGUGCAAUUACAAAUGAAAAAUCAAUUGGCAACUCUUCGUGUGGCUGGCGCUCUAUCGAAAUCGACCGAAGUGAUGUCAGCAAUGCAAAAUUUGAUUCGUGUUACCGAAAUAGCCGGAGUCAUGCAAGAAAUGUCAAAAGAAAUGAUGAAAGCUGGCAUCAUUGAAGAGAUGCUCGAUGAAACCAUGGAAUCAAUUGAAGACACUGAAGAAUUGGAAGAAGAAGUUCAAUCAGAAGUCGAUAAGGUUCUAUAUGAGAUAACUGAGGGCAAACUUGGCGUAUUGGAGCCACCGCCAACAACACCAGCCGAACCGAGUAAAAGUAGAGAUGAGCCUAGCACGAGUAGAGUGGCAGAACCGGAAGAGGAAGAAGAAGAUGACGAAGAAGAUCUUACUGAGAUGCAAACACGUUUGCAAGCCUUACGAUCCUAAAUUAAUUUUUUUUAAAUAAAUACCGACCUACCGGUGAACAUCUUAUUGAAACAACCAAACAUCAAUAUAUAUUUUUCAUGAACAUCGAUGUCGAUUUAAUGAUACUAUAGAUUUUAUGUGCGCUGCUAUUGCUUUGUGAUGAAAAUAAAUGUAUUACUAUGUAAAGAUAAAAAAAGAAUAAUUGAAAAUGAACACAUGCAAUGCGUGUAAUUAAGCAAAAAUACUUGAUAACACUGUCAAAUACAAUAUUAUUUAUCCAAUCCUUUUCUUGAACAGCUGCAAAUAAUUGGCUUUCAAUUGGAAUUCAUUUAUGUGUUGGAUUCCGUCUUCUAAACUAUUUAUUAUUUAUAUUUUACAAGUUAAUGCAAAUAAAACACACCAAUUGACAAAUGUCA